CCGGUGGCGGAGUUGCCGUGGAGGCGGGGCGACGGACGGAGCCGCGGCUCCGGGUCGCCCUUCCUGCUCUCUUCCGGGGAGAUAUUUCUUGUGGAAUUGAGAGUAGGCGGCACCCUCAAGGGUCUCCCGUGACCCGGACCGCGGUGGCGGCCCCGCUGACGGGAUGUUCCGCGGUUUGAGCAGCUGGUUUGGCUUGGAGCAGCCGGCGGCGGGUGGCCGGCAGUCCCAGGGAGACGGACAGCCCAGGGGACACUCGCCACCCGAUCAGCGCUCCGAGGCGGUGGCGGAGUCAGCGGAGGGGGAGCCACAGCUAGCCACGAACCAGGAGCUCCUUCAUCAGGCCAAGGGCCUAGGCAACUAUCUGUUUAACUUUGCAACCGCUGCUACAAAAAAAAUAACUGAAUCAGUUGCUGAAACAGCACAAACAAUAAAGAAAUCAGUAGAAGAAGGAAAGAUAGAUGACAUCAUUGAUAAGACAAUUAUAGGAGAUUUUCAUAAGGAACAGAAAAAAUUUGUUGAGGAGCAGAAUACAAAAAAGUCAGAAGUAGCAGUGCCACCAUGGGUUGAUAGUAAUGAUGAAGAAACAAUUCAACAACAAAUCUUGGCCCUGUCAGCUGACAAGAGGAACUUCCUUCGUGACCCUCCAGCCGGGGUGCAGUUUAACUUUGACUUUGAUCAGAUGUACCCCGUUGCACUGGUCAUGCUCCAAGAGGAUGAGCUGCUGAGCAGGAUGAGAUUUGACCUUGUUCCUAAACUCGUGAAGGAAGACGUGUUUUGGAGGAACUACUUCUACCGCGUCUCCCUAAUUAAGCAGUCGGCCCAGCUCACAGCCCUGGCGGCCCAGCAGCAAGCUGCUGGGAAGGAGGAAAAGAACCACGGCAGACAGAAUGAGUUGCCGCUGACAGAGGCAGUACGGCCCAAAACACCACCUGUCGUAAUCAAAUCUCAGCUUAAAACUCAAGAGGAUGAAGAGGAGAUUUCUACCAGCCCAUGUGUUUCUGAGUUUGUCAGUGAUGCCUUCGAUUCCUGUAACUUGGAUCAGGAGGACCUGAGGAAGGAAAUGGAGCAGCUGGUGCUGGACAAAAAGGAGGAGGGGACAGUCAUACUGGAAGAGGAUUCUGUAGAUUGGGAGAAGGAACUACAACAGGAACUUCAGGAAUAUGAAGUGGUGGCAGAAUCAGAGAAGCGAGAUGAAAACUGGGAUAAGGAAAUAGAGGAAAUGCUGAAGGAGGAAAAUUAACUGUCUGUCUCCUGAAAUAAAAGAAUAAACCUUAACAUUCUAUAACUGACAUUAAA